UUUAUGGUCGCGAUGAGAUCAUAGAGAGAGAAAGAGAUCCAGAAAACAUGGCGUGGUUAGCCAGAUCCAUAGCGAAUUCCCUCAAGAUCGAUGAAGACGAAGAUGAUGAUGAGAAGGAGACCAUCAUCAAGGAAAACCCUAUCCAAGAUCCCGGUUCCGAUCAACAACCGUCUUCGCCGUCGUCGGCGUUGAAAUCACAGUCACCACGAGGCGUGAAGGAAGACAUCUCCGAACUCACGAAGACCUUCAGAAGUCAGCUAUGGGGUGUCGCUUCAUUCCUGGCGCCACCGCCUGCGACGGAGGAGGAGGAGGAGACUCGAAAGUCUUCGGAGGAGGAGGAUGUGAUCGCUGGGAUCAGGAGCGAUUUCGUGGAGAUCGGAGGUAGGUUCAAGACCGGGAUCUCGAAGCUAUCGGGGAACUUGCCUGUAUCGGAGAUUACGAAGAUGGCUUCGAGUUUCUGGCAAGGAGGGGGUGAUGAUGGUGUUGGAGAUGUGAUUGGUGUGACGGAGGAAGUAGUUGGUUUCGCCAAGGAUCUUGCUCUUCAUCCUGAGACGUGGCUUGACUUCCCCUUCCCCGAGGAGGAUAAUAACUUCGAUGACUUUGAGAUGACUGAUGCUCAAUAUGAGCACGCCCUGGCCGUGGAAAGGGUUGCAACGGGUCUAGCUGCUUUGAGGAUCGAGCUUUGCCCUGCUUACAUGAGCGAGUAUUGCUUCUGGAGGAUUUACUUUGUACUUAUGCAUCCUAAGUUCAGCAAACAUGAUGCCUUGCUUCUCUCUACUCCUCAGGUACUUGAAUCAAGAGCAUUGUUAUCUCAUGAGCUGCUGCAUAAGAGAAACAAAGCUGAAGUGAUGGUUCCAGAGAGUAGCGGUGAUAUAGGAACUGCUAGUGCCAAUGAGGAACCACUUACUGUGUCUUCACCAGAGCCAGUCAAGACCAUCUCUGUCGAAACAAUACAUUCGAGUGAGACAUCUGAGGUUGAGACGGAGAAGCAUCCAAUCGAGAGCAAGGAGAUACAAGUUGUUGACAAGCCUGUGAUUGAAGAAAAACCAGCACCAGCGCCUCAAGACAAGCCAGUCACUGGAUCUUCACCUAGAGUUAUUGACGUUCAAGUCGAUGAUGAUGAUGAUGAUGAUGUUGAUGAUUGGUUGAAGGAUGAAGAUAAUGCUGGAACUGUUAGCUCCACCGUAGCAACCAAACAUGUUGUGGAUGAAGAUGAAGAUGUAACGUUUAGUGAUCUGGAAGAAGAUGACGACGAUGUGCCAGUGAAUUACAAGAAAUGAUUCUCGAAUCCUCAGACCUAAGAAGUUAAGUUUUAUUUAAACGCUGUCUGUUGAAGAAGAAUGUGCCACGGCCGUGAUCAGGUAAGCGAGAAGAAGAAAAGAAUGAAACGGUGGGCUUUAUUGUUGCUGAAAAAAACGUUGAUGCAGUAUUGUGUGAUCUGUGACCCUUACUAUGCGUUUAAUUGCAGUUAUGUUUGUGGACGCUUUCUUUCGAGAAAUUGCAGGGCAUGUAAAUAAAACAGCACCAUGUGAUGAUAAUUAUUAUUCCAAAAUAUUCGAAAUUCCGUUGA